AAUGUUAUGGAGUUCGUCUGGUUAGAAAUUUUAUAAUAAAUGUUUGCUCAUAUAAAGUGCUUAACUAAGAGCAGAAAUAGUAUUGAUAGAAGAAUUGCAUACAGCCACUGGAGAGUAUUUUGUGCGUAGAAUAAAAUCAGUCUGCAAUGGAAACAUUUAAGCUGCUGUUCAUGUGCGUUGGAUUCGCCACGACAGUCGAUAUUUCUGUGAAAGUGGAAUUCAGAGGCAGUGCUGUGAUGACGCCAUACCGCCAUGAGGAAACGAUCACGGCAAAGAAUGAGCAUGAAUUGAGAGAGAAAUUGGCUAAAACGCUGGAAAACGCUUUGCUGGAUAAACAGAUAGAUGAAGUCACCAUAACAACCGAAGUUUACCAUGGCAACAAGGUUCAUUCAACCCAAGUCACUAAGUUUGACGCAACUACUCCAACUGGACUGGAUGACACGACUCUCGUUACGACCUCUAAGGGAAAUGACAUCACUGAAGCCGUUACGUCAUCCGCAACAAGAAGUACUACGGAAGUUCAUGACGUCACAACCGCAACUGUGGUUGAAAACGUGUUCACAACUCGAUCGAUCACUCCCAUUGCUUCCACUAAAUCGUUCCAGCAGUCGAUUUUGACUGCGAACACAGGAAAGUGCGGCUUUACUUACAAGUCGAAAUGUUUCCGAGCGAUCGUGUAUGACGAGUGGAAGGUCACGUUAGAUGUUGCUGAAUCUAUUUGCGAUCACAAUUUGGCUAAUAUUUAUGACGCCACAUACCUCAAUUUGCUGAAAGAUUAUUUACGCACAAUUAUUCCUGAUGGAUGGUCAGCGAUUGCAGUUCGCACGGGAAUGACCUUUAAGAAUGGUAACCUAUAUUUAACCAAUGAUACAGAAGUAUCUUUCCCUACAGAAGUUUGGCAUCCGUUUGCUUAUGCAUCAUAUACAAAUGUUGUUCUUGAAGUUGAACGAAACACGGAGUCCAAACCAGUGAUUUAUAAUGUUUCUCCUUCCCAUACAUAUCGCGGAGCCAUCUGUGAAAAUGAAUUAUAACUUUUCCACGGAUCGAUUGAUAGAAAGAAGUAACAGAGAAAUGACUUAAAUUUGAAAGUAAAUGUUCCCACAUUUGCAGUUUGAUUUACACUUUAACUUAAACAAGUUUUAUACUCGCAACAUUAAUAAAAAUAACAUAAUCUCUUUCCACGAAACAAUGCAACAUUGCAACAUUACAACAACAUUGCAACAUUACAUAUAAGUUUUUUUCCCCAUGUUUUCGUUCACAUAUCAAACGAUUAUGCAAUACAUUUAUUUCAACUAAACAAACUAAAUGUCUCUUAACAAGUUUAUAACGCGGUUAAAUUUAAAAUGUCCAUCGGAAUUGUUGGAAACCUUGAAACCUUUUUGACUUCACUAUUUGGGCUUCACUUUAAAAAAUUUGGCGACCACUUCUGUAGCAAGAGUGUAAAGGACUACCGGUAUUCUAUUUAAAUAAAAUCUUGCCGCACACUAACACAAAUGUAUUUCUGUAACGUUUCGUCUGACCAAGGUCAGUCUAGUUCAUGCAAACAUAUUUUAAGUGGCAGAAAUAUGUGUAAGGAUGCAGGAAAAAUCUUGAAUCACGUGGAACAGGGUGGUCCAAACUGCGGCCCGCCGACACAAUCCGUGCGGCCCGCAGAACAAUUUUAGCGCACGCUACUAACCAUCGGCAGAUACUUGUACUUAUUAGCAGAACAAUUUUGAUUUAUUUUUAAACUAUUCCAACUGGGAAUAGCCUUUUUCCUAAUCCCGAUGUCGGGAUUGAUGUUUAUUAAUAUCACAGAAUUUCAUUGUAUCUAUAAACGUCAAGAUGGUGGCUAUAUGCAUGGGAAUGACAUCGUGUGAUCGGUAAAAGGAGAAUAAAUUUUCUUGUGUCUGUCCCAAGAGAAAUAUGACAAUUCUUCCAUAAUACUGAAAUCGUAGCUUGUUGUCGAGAGGCCGUGAUUUAACAAUUCAUUCAGCCAUCUUAUUAACUUUUUUUUUCGUGGUGCGCGAUAAAGGUCCGAAAUGCAUGUUCUAUAUAAGUGAAAAUUUACUGCUUAUGUAUCAACAGUUUGUUUAUGCCGCUUAAUGUUUUUGAAGGGUCCUGAAGGGCUUUUGAGAAGGGUUUGAAAUGACUGAAGUUAAUCAUUGAAAAAUCCUACUUUC